GUAAACCGGAAACGAAAAAUGGCUACCUCUCCAAAUAGUACUCUGACUCCAAAAAAGAAGGAGGAGUCGUUUCUAGAUAAGUUAGGAGGAACUCUGGCCAGGAAGAAGAAAGCAAAAGAAGUGAGUGAGCUUCAGGAGGAGGGAAAACAUGCAAUUGAGUCUCCAACCAGCCCCACAGUCCCCGACAUUGGACCUGAGGGAUACACUUUGGAUGAAAAUGAAGAGAGAUCAAUGAUUGAACCACAGUCCAGAGAUGAUCCCAAAGUUAAAGAGCUGAUAAAGAUGUUGCUGGACUGGAUCAAUGAUGUUCUUGCUGAUGACCGGAUCAUCGUUAAGGACAUUGAGGAAGAUUUGUUUGAUGGUCAAAUUCUUCAGAAGUUGAUUGAGAAACUGGCAGGGUUAAGGGUUGAAGUUCCAGAGGUCACACAGUCUGAGCAGGGUCAGAAACAAAAACUACAGAUCAUCUUAACAGUCAUCAACAGAAUUCUACAUCAGAGUCCUCCCUGGACCCAGAGUAAAUGGAGUGUAGAUAGUGUUCACUCGAAAAACCUGGUGGCCAUUCUUCAUCUGCUAGUUGCCUUGGCAAGACAUUUCCGAGCACCAAUCAGAUUGCCAGAAAAUGUUUCUGUGAACCUAGUUGUUGUCACGAAAAGAGAUGGAAUGUUACAACCACGUAGGGUUGCUGAAGACAUCACAACUGUUAACGAAGACAUUGGAGCUAGAUUUGAGAGAGAUGCCUUUGACACACUGUUUGAUCAUGCUCCAGACAAACUGAAUCUCGUCAAAAAGACGUUGGUGACUUUUGUAAACAAACAAUUAAUGAAAAUUAAUUUAGAGGUCACUGACAUCGAAUCUCAGUUUCAUGAUGGCGUCCACCUCGUUCUGUUGAUGGGGCUCCUUGAGGGGUACUUUGUUCCUCUGUAUGACUUUCAUCUCACACCUGUUGACUUUGAUCAGAAGGUCCACAAUGUGAACUUUGCAUUUGAGUUGAUGCAGGACUCGGGACUGGCCAAACCCAAAGCCAGACCAGAAGAUGUUGUUAACCAGGAUUUGAAGUCCACACUUAGAGUCUUGUACAACAUAUUUACCAAGUACAAGGGUCGAAAUGAGCUGAUUGCCCGAUAUAUCAAACUGAGAACGGGGAAAACCCGGACGAGGAAACAGGUGUCCAGCCAUAUCCAAGUUCUGGCCCGCAGAAAAGCCAAAGAAAUUCAGGCACAACUUAAGUCAAUCCCAAUGCAGGAUCAGGCCGCCAAAGACAAAGCUCUCCAGAGUAUGGCCUCUAUGUCCUCCGCCCAGAUCGUGUCCGCUAGUGCUAUCCAUAAUAAGGCCCUUGCCCAGGGCCUGCCAGUGCCCAACAUGGGCAGUGUACGACCGUCCUACCCUGGGGGACCCAGUGGGUCUCAGUUUUGGCAAAACAACAUGGGUCCCCAAGAAGAUGUGAAGCCCCAGUUUGGUAACUACAACACAGAUGUGAAACCCCCAUCAUCCAUGAAUGAAUCAAUGCCCCCCGCCUGGCAGGGACGCUCCAUUGCAGGCCCUAAACUUCGCCUCGUUGAGUUCUCCGCUUUCUUAGAACAAACCCGAGACCCAGAUACUUUUCACAAGCACCUGUUUGUCCACAUUGGAUCCAAUGCAAGCUACUCGAACCCACUGCUAGAGGCAGUUGAUAUCCGGCAAAUUUACGACAAAUUUCCCGAGAAGAAGGGAGGCCUAAAGGAGUUGUAUGACAAAGGGCCGCAGUCCGCUUUUUUCCUUGUCAAGUUUUGGGCGGACAUAAACACAAAUGUCCAAGAUGAGACGGGGACGUUUUAUGGGGUCACAAGUCAGUAUGAAAGCAAUGAAAAUAUGGCAAUAACUUGUUCCACCAAGGUGUGUUCAUUUGGAAAACAAGUCGUGGAGAAAGUAGAAACUGAGUUUCCCCGUUACGAGAAUGGUCGAUAUGUGUACAGGAUAAACAGAUCACCUAUGUGUGAAUACAUGAUCAACUUUAUACAUAAACUUAAACAUCUACCAGAAAAAUACAUGAUGAACAGCGUGCUAGAAAAUUUCACCAUUCUACAGGUUGUCAGCAAUCGUGACACACAGGAAACGUUAAUGUGCAUAUCCUAUGUAUUUGAAGUCUCUACCAGUGAACAUGGCGCCCAGCAUCACAUAUACCGCCUGGUGAAAGACUAGCCCCACCCCACACCUAAUGCUUUAAAUAGCCUCAGCAUCUAGUGCCACAAGAGAAGUCACCUACAGAAUGUGCCACACCCCCUCUGUUCUUCCAUCUGAUUGGGUGAAUUCAGAAACACCCACUUCACACAUCAGAGUUUUCACAUAAGGCAGCUCCCAAACUGCUAACAGUGACAUUUUUCUACUGCUGUUGUUUUUGACGGAGGCUUUCAUGUUAAGUCUCGCGUAAAUCUUAUAUUUUUAUACAUAUGCAAAUUUAUUUAUUAUUAAGAAGGAAAAUGAAAUCAUUGCUAUAUUGCUGUUUUAUCCCUGACUUUACAGUUUAUUUCUGUAAAAAAUGUAGAGUUAUAAAUUCUCUCAUUAUCCAACACACCCAGCCUAAAUGAUGUGAACAAUUUAUUGGCUGUGUUUUUAGAAUUUUUUUCCUUCAUCUUUGAAGUUUGUAUAAAGAUAUAUCACACAAAAGAAAUGCCAAAUAUAUCAUUUUCUCAAGAUGCAUUGUUACAUCCACACACAAAAAACAAGAUUUUUUGACAAGUGAACUUUUCACCCUGUUCAUUAAACCCAAGAUUGUGAGAGCUUAUAAGCUUAAAACAUUGUUUUGUUGUCUUGUAAACAUGACACUUUCACACGUAAAAGUCUGAGCAGCAGAGUAAAUUUACACCUAUUUUUUACUGGUACAUGUAUUACCAUUAUAUUUGAAUAAUGAACGUGAAUCUAGAAAUUUAUUGCAAAAACAAUGUCAGACAUUGUUUCUAUUUUGUAAUGCUUGUUUAUAAGUUUUAGGUACCAAUUCCAUGUAAUCUAACUGUAUUAAUCGUAAGCAAAAGUUUGGUCACAGAUAUAUACAUAUAUAUACUUGUAUAUUGUAAAUGAGAAAUUAGUGUACCAAAUUAUUAACUAUGAGAUGUAAACAAAUGAUCUUUUGAAAAUUGUAAAUAUUAAACAUUCUGUAGGGCUUCUAUUGUCUGAAUUCUUCCAUGCCAAUCAAAGUCUGUGUAUGUAUGUGUAUUAGAGCGAGAGAGAGAGAGAGAGAGGGCCAUAGGUGCCUUUCAGAAAUUUUGAAUAAGAUACAUAAUAGAAUAUAAACAUACUGUUUUGGAUGAAGAAAUUUAAGUGACUUUGUUUGGUCAGCUGUUAGUUUAUGCUUCACUGUUGAUUUUUUUUACUAUAACUUUUUUAAUGAGGAAGUUUUAAAUUUUAUGAUGAAAUGGUUGAGAAUAUCUUGUUAAGAUUUUUACAUAUUUUGAGAAUGACUGUUUUAGGUUGUUAAAGGUCAAAGGUUGUAGUACAAAUGGGGGCAUGUGAUCUGUGUUUUAUGAAUUCACUUAUUUUUGGGUAAUGAGUAGACAUUUUUACAAAGGGAGUUAACGAGUUUAAGAAUUUCACUUAGCAUAACAAAGAAGAACACCAUACAGAACUUCUCCAGUAGAGAGCACUGAUUAGGAGGGAGAGUUCAUUAUUGUGUAUGUUGGGGAGGUGCUGUUGUAAAUUUAGAGUGAGGAGCAUUUUAAUGUUUACAUUGAUCUCAGUUGUAUAUUACUGCAUUUGUAUAUUGUGGCAUUCAAACCUUACACAUUUACAAACAUUGAUGUAGAAUUAUUCACGAUCAUUUGAGUAUUUCUCCCCUUUCAACUAUGCAUGAUGUCCCGUCUGUAUGUCUGCUGGUUAUCUAUAGGCGUUUGUUAAGUGUGUACCUUGCAUGUUUGGAUUUUUUGUUCAUUGUAUAAAAUCCUGUUAUCUAUUCAUAUAUUACUCCAAUAUACCACACAACUGGUAAUCUUGGCAGUCCAUACCACACAACUGGUAAUUGUAGCAGUUCAUUUUUCUGCAAAUUGAUCCAUCAGGUAAAAUUCAGAUUUCUGCAUUUGAAUUUUCAUGUUUCCAUUCAAACUGCUAUCCCAAAAAUAUUGAAAGAGAAUAUUUUGCGAUAUGUUUUUUUUUUUUUUUUUUGUAAUUUUGACGGAAAGAAAUAAUUUUUCAAAAAAAAAAGGACAAAUGCAAAAUUACUUGUUACGUGGUAUCUUCUGUCUGGAAUGAUUUAAACUAGACUUCUUCCCCCCCCCCCCCUUUUUUUUUUGAAAAAAGUUUUUUUGUCACAUUUAUUUUGUUCAGAGUGGGAAAUGCUGGAGUUGUUGUUGUGGACAUAUAUUAAUCUUGCCUUUACCAAAAUGGUGUAUGUGAAACUGUUGAUAUAGACAUACCUAUGCAAUCUCUACCUUCAGACUUUUUCUCUCAGGUUGCGUAAUCUUUUGCACUAUGUCCCAUGGUCAAAAAUAACCCAAAUAUAAUUGAAAAAGAAAACAAAAACAUGCAGCUAUUUUAUUUAUUGAUAAGUGAGGUAGUGAUAGAUAAUGGUUUCUUUUAACAGGGGUGGGGAUGAGGAGUCGUAAGAAAAAUUGAUCAUUUUUAUAUAUUUUACACAGAAUUCUUUUAUGUUUGAAGGUAGAAAUAGCCUAAUGUGGUGCUAGUAUGGAGCACCCUCAAUUUUUUUCUAACUUUAAAUCGCUACUGAUUGUUAGUAAAAGAACACAGAUUGUGACCUAUUACAUUUUAGGGAACGGGAAAUGAGAGUUAUGAAGUUACCGCGAUUUGAUGACUUGUAUUUGUGAAGUAAAUCUUGGUGCAUUUUGAAAUAGCCAAUAUAUUUUUGUGUAUUUAUGAUGAAAUGUAUAUGAACGGAUAUUUGCCCCACCAAUUGCUAUAUAGUGCCUUUAUAAACUUGCGUCCAACUCUGAUAGAAAUUUGUGAUGGCAUUUUCUUUUAAGAUUUUUUACAUUCACAAUUUCUAGAUCAUCAUAUUAAAAUAAGAAAAAAUAAAAAUAAGAAGUUAGGAAAGUCUCAUAAAAAAUCGACAGACAUUGAACAAUACUAAUUGAAGUAGUUCUAUUGGAGUAUUUUUGAUAGGAAUUUAUGUAUGAAGUAAUGAUCAAAAUGUAUAUAUUUUUAAUCAUGAUGUAAUAUUUCUCCAUUGGGAUGACGCAACACUUUGAACUGGUGCACAUUUUUAUGAAUACUUACAUAUUUGACUGAUUAUAGAUGACUGCUAACAUUGGGACCCAGCAUUCACACUUGUAGUCAGUUAGAGGCCAUUGUACAUUUGACAGCUGUAUAAUGCUUUGUUGGAGAAUGGUUUAUUUUACCUGAUUACACAGGUAUUAAUGUUUUGUAUAAAAUCAAGGAAAAAAAUACAAACAAUAAAACAAAAUUAUAUAUAUUCAUUA